AGUCAGCCCAUCAUUGUUAUGGCAACGCAGCAUGCGCAUGUGUUUUUCGCUAGUUCCGGUCACGUAAUUCCUAACAUGUUUCUGUCAAUAACUUGUUAUUUGGUAGCCUGUCUGAUCCUGCUAACAAACGACCUUUACCUUCGCUCAUAAUUAAAUAGUGCCAGGCGGUCUAUUUAAACCUUGUCUUGAAGAUAUAAAGACUGUUAAGAUUAAAUACUACUACUAAAACAAAUUAAUUUUGGGGCUUGCUUAGUCUUGGUUUUAAUUCUAAGCAAAUUGCAAAUCGAACAAUUUUGCAAGAUGUGCAUGAAAGUUAAAUGCAGCAAAUGUGGAAAGUUCACUUGGUCAGGUGAGUCUGCGUGAUGCCACAAUGGAUGGCUUGACUUGAAGUUUUAGUUUUGUAUUUUAUUAUUGAACUAUUUAUAAAUACCUUAAAUGCCCUAAAUAACAACGUAUGAUUUACGUCUACUAGAAUAACUUAAAAAUUUAAUAAUUUAAAUUUAAAUUAAGGUCAUUAAGGAAUUAGGGAGGCAAGGACCAAUUAAAAGUUAUAUAUAAUAUAAUAAGAAGAACUAGGAUACCCAAUAACUCAUGAUAAUUUAAUGCAUUUUUAAUUUUAUAACACAAUAGACAAUACAUGAGGAACUGUAGACAAUACAUGAUGAGGAACUGUAUUACCCCUUAUAGUACCAGGCGUGUCUUUUUGCAGUGACCUACUUUUUCUGUGUGACCCAAGCGCGUCUUUUUUUCACUAGCCAAUCGUUUUUCCUGUGGCCCAAGCGCGUCUAUUUGCCAUAUAGAGGGGUAUCUAAUAUAAACACAGAAAUGAGGAUAUAACCUUUCACCACAGUCUUGGGCAGAAUGUUUAUUCGUUAUGGGAAUAGUCUAAUUUUAAUUUGCCUUUUAAAUUAUGAAAAUCAACCGAUUACUGACUUUUUUGUGCGGAUCUGUAUUUUUUGUUUCGAAGUCCUAGCGCUAUUGUUGACAUCUUAGAGGUGUAUCUAAUAUAAACACAAAAACGAGGAUAUAACCUUUCACCACACGCUCGGGCAGAAUGUUUAUUUGUUAGGGAAAAAGUCAAUUUUUAAUUUGCCUUUUAAAUUAUGAAAAUCUACCAAUUACUGAUUUUUUUUUGUGGAUCUAUAUUUGUUGUUUCCAUGGUGCUACCUAGUGCUAUUGUUGAUGACAACUUAAGCCCACUUGAUGAAACCUUUUGUUCUGAGACUACUAUUGAGCUUUAAUUGGGAUUAGAUGAUUCUGAUCCUGAUAAGAAAGAAGGGGAUGAAAUUGUAGAAGGAAAUAGGCCUACUAUAGCUCCACCUUUACAUCUACGGGAGCCUGUAGUUUUGACGGAUUUUAGACUAGUGUUAACGUAGAUAUUGAUUUAGUAAGAUUGACUGGACACUGCUAGCCACACAAUCCCCUAGUGUGCCAUUCCAAUGAAAAGUUUAAACAAAACACAUUUAUAUUUUUAACACCCUUAUCCAUUUCUGAACAGAUAACUCUCCACAUGUUAUUAUCAAUUGUUUAAAACAAAAAAAAUGACAAACAAAUUUGCACACCUAUCAAAUUUUGGCUCAUUCCAAAAUAAUGUCUGGGCCACAGGGAAUAAUUAGCAAAGGGUCGUAGCAUUAGGAAGGUUGAGAACCACUGAUCUAGAAAUUUUGCAAGAAGACUCAACGACCGCAUCGUCCUCUUCCCUGUCAUAAUUUCAGUUGGUACAUGCUCGUUUCCCUCAACUGAAACUUGUGGAUCUACAGUGACACACUGGUAAAAAAAUGAAAAUCCAACUUACAGUUUCAUAUAAUACACUUUUACUUUUACACACUUUAUUUCAUGUUAAAAAAAAAAAAAAAAUUGCCAGCAAAUCAAUAAAAUAGUUAAACCCAUUUUCCCAAUUGACAAAAAAUUUUAAUUUUAUAAUAAACCAACCAAUGAAAUUUUAAUGUAAAACAUACCAUUGUCAUAUUAAGGAAAAGUUAAUUCAUGUAACAAGACAAAGAUGAAAAAAAAGGCAGAGAAUCCUACACAGACACACGUUACCCAGUAUGGCGCACAUUGACCAUAAAAAGUAAUAAGUCUACCAAUGACAGAAAUGAGUUGGAAAUGAUUGUAGUUUGUAGGUUAAAUUAAAUACUAAUUUGUACCUUGUACAUCCCUAAAAUUAUUCUUUUUUAUGUGUUGGGAUAUACCAGUACAAAUACACAAAUACACAAAAGUCUAUAUCUCUUUAGUAGGCUGGAACUGAAACUGUAUGUAGAAUAUAGGCUUACUUAUUAGAUUGUUUUUAUAAAGUCAGUUUGAGGUUGUACUACUACCGUACUGGAAGGACCCGGUAGUAAUAACCUAAAUAAAUGUGCCAAUAUGUCUAAUAUACCAUAUGAGCUAUGAUUUUGAUGAAUGGUAUGGACUAUUGAUGGUGUAAUAGUUUAUAAGAUAAAAUUUAAGCCUAUGAGUAUGAAUAGGGCCUUGUUAUGCCCUAUAAUAAAUACAUUACUAGUAGAGAAGAUAGUAAUUAGUAAGAAUAAACACUAAUACAUAUAUAUAGGUAGCUUCUAAAAUAGUAAAUAGAAAGGGCCUAUCGUCCUAUGUGGUAAGCCCAAAUUUUUCUGCUAAUAGUAAAACCCAGUAUUUGAAAUAGAUUGCUACUCCUUUUUUUUUUUUUUUUUUUUUUUUUUUUUUUUAUGUUUUUUAAGUUUUAAUCAAGAUUUAUAGGCCUACUGGUAAAUAAAAUUUAAAUUUUGCAUUUCUUUAAAUUUUUAUAAGAUUUAUGUGAAUAUUAAGGGUGAUGGACAUGCAUGAUAUAAAAAAUAUUUAUUUCUAUAUGACAUAGUAACCUAGUUUUUAAAAAAAAAAGGUUUCAAAUGAGAAUACAAAUAUCUUGGUUGGGUCACCCGAUAAUCUAACUUAUGGCCUCUUAUAAAUUUAAAAAUAAAAAUGCAUCCUUAGAUAUGAAAAAUGGGUGUCAUCAUGGUUUGUGAAUACCUGCUUGUAAACUUUUUAAAAACUAGCGUCCACUGCAAAUUUCUUUCUGCAGGAUGUGGAAUGCACAAAGAUCAAGUUUUAAAAGAUGUUCCACUUGAUCAGCGAUGUCAGUGUCCCCGCAGCAGCUGUCAGAUUCUGUAGCACAUUUCAGAAUAAUCUGCUUCAUGAUAGCUAUUGUGAAAUUUAAAAAAAUAUCCAAAAUACAUGUUCUAAUUUUUGUGAUAAAUACCUCUUUAACAUCACCAUCCAAUUUUUUAAAUUGUUACUUUGUGGUGAGUUGACAUCAAUUUCUGACAUGUGAGAAUCUUUUUAAGACUCGCAACUUCAUUGAGUACCAUUGCCAGUUUCUAAUAAUUAUAAUUAAUUUUAUAAUUUGAGGCGCAUACUUGAUUUUUAUGAAUUUCCGGAAAAUAAAUAAUUUAAUUCUCAAUCUGCUUUAUUACUAAUCUAGAUUGUGAUUUGGUCCCAAUUCAAAGGUUUCAUUGUAUAAUGUAUAACCUUUCUAUGCUUGAAGUUCAUCUAAGCUAUGUUUAUAUCAUAACUUUUCAGUCUCUAAACUUUCGAUGAGAUACUGGUAAAUAUUUAUAGAAAUCAAAUUUUCCUCAUUUUAGGAUGUGGAGCUCACGCCGAACAAGUCAUGGCGGAAAUUCCACCAGAGGAGAGAUGUCAAUGUCCUAAAGAAAAGAAAUAGGUUAAUGAAUUUUUUUACUUUACUCAAGGUAAAUACCGGUAAUGUGUUUUUUAAAAUUAUAUUACAGGAAGCUCACCCACGGACUUUCAAUAGUAUUCCUGAACUAUGGGAAAUAACUCCAAUUUUCUAUUAUUCUUACCGGAAAUGGAUGGGGUUUAAGAAAAAUAUAACCAAAAUAUAAUCAGCAAUGACAAAAAACUGUGGAUUUUUGACACCAUGGACAGACAAGUGAUAGAAAUUUAACAAUCGAUUACCAGUAUAUGGAUUAUAAACAAAACAAGAGCAAAACUUCUAUUUUUCUUCAUUGAAAGCAUACAGAAAGAUGCAGAAUCAUGCCAUGGCAGAAGUCAGGGUACACAUGAUUUGUUGCUGCUUAAAAAAACAAAGAGGUGUGUGUCAGGGCACAUUUGGUCGUAUCUGUCAGAUGCCCAAAAUUUAGAAUUACCAGUAAUCUCCAGGAAUGAGUUAAAAUCGGUAUAAUUGAAUAUUAGUAGCUGUAUUUCAGUUUUUACAUACCUAUAAGAGAUUACAGAGCUUUACCUCUGUAAGAUGGGCAACAAAAUAAUUGUUUACUUGUCUGUCAUUUUAAAUUGCUUUGAUUAUUCAGCUCUUAGUGUAGCUAUAUCUUAAUGUAUGUAUUUGGAUCUAUCCUAAGUGCAGAGAAUUCCAACUCUUUACCAAUAACAUUUCUUCAUUUCUACUUUCUAGAUAAAAUCGUGUAUUAAAAGCUGAUGUAAAUAAAUAUAAAAAAUGUAUCAUAUCUAUUUUCUUCAGGUUCAGUAUUCUGAAAUUCUCACAUCAGGGCUGCUUUCAAGCUAUGGGAUUGCCUUGAGGAUUCAGGCUAUUUAGGAGAUUUCCAUGGAGUUGAAUACAAAGUAUACUUGCAUUUUAAAUCUGUUCCAUUUGAAACAAAAUAAAAAUAAUAAAUGAACAAAAUAUGAAUAAUAGUCUAAAUUUAUUAUUGUCAACUCAUUUCUCUUUGUGUCAAUUUUAUUUAUGUUUACCCAGAAUUCUUAUUAAACUUCCAAUAAUACAAUAGUGAAGUAUAUAAUGGACUAUUUAAAUUUAUUUGGUUGACAUUUUGUGAAAAGGUUUAUCAUUACACUAGCUGAAGAUAAGAUAUCAGAUUGAUACUCUCUUUAUGUUAAAAUUCCUGUACAGGCCCUAUACUUUUUAUGUUGACUUCAUGGAAAUUGAAAUACCCUAUGUAAUUUAUUUUGGUUAUGGUACCUCACUUUGAUAUUGCUUUACACAUUUACACUAUUCCAGCGUUUUAUAAAGAAGAAGAAUGUUGUGUUUAGCAGUAAACAGCUAUAUCAGUUUUUCAAAUGAAGUGCUAAUUUUUUAAAAAAUCUGUUGAACAAUUUCUGUAAGAUUUCAAUAUUUUUUCCUGCUGUGUUCUGUUUAAUGUUCACUAAACUUAAUUAAAACUAUUAAAAAGAAAAUAUUUUGUAUUAUUUUUAAAAUGUUUUUAUUAAAACUAAAUUCAGGUAUAUUAAAAAAUUGUGGCGUUUUAUUUUUAUUUACAUAUUUAAAUUUAACUGAAGAUAUCGUUGAAAAUGUAUAGAAUAAGACUUUGUGGGGUUUUAUUUUGUUGCAAUGCUUUCAGUUUCAGUGCACAUUAUUCACUCCUGCCAUUUUUUACAAUUGAUUAAAUAAUAAUUAAAUUUUUAAGGUUCAGGAAACAAUUUUCUAUAAUAAUCUUAUCUUUUUUUAUUACUCUGGAGAGUACAGGGGUA